GGUUAUUACAAGAACAAUAACAGAACACUUAACUGACAGACGAACACAAACAUAAAAACAUUAUACUUUUACUGUCUUUCAAGUUUCCUUCUUUCCUUAAACUUAUCAAUUCUUUAGGGUUCCAUUCAUUAAUUUCUACUACAUCUUCUCAAAGGUUAAAUCUUUUAUCUUAAUGGGUUUCUUUGAUUCCAUUCUCAACUGGCUCCGCAGUUUAUUCUUCAAACAAGAAAUGGAGCUAUCCCUUGUAGGCCUUCAGAAUGCAGGAAAGACAUCUCUUGUUAAUGCAGUUGCUACUGGAGGGUACAGUGAGGACAUGAUUCCAACUGUUGGGUUCAACAUGAGGAAAGUCACGAAAGGCAACGUGACCAUAAAGCUCUGGGAUCUUGGAGGUCAACGGAGAUUCCGUACCAUGUGGGAACGCUACUGUCGUGGCGUCUCUGCAAUUCUAUAUGUAGUUGAUGCUGCUGAUAGAGACGGUGUUCCCAUUGCACGAAGUGAAUUACAUGACCUCGUAGUAAAACCUUCCUUAACUGGAAUUCCGUUGCUUGUUCUUGGAAACAAAAUAGACAAAUCUGAAGCUCUUACUAAGCAAGCUUUGGUGGAUCAGCUAGGCCUUGAAUCAAUUACAGAUAGAGAAGUGUGCUGCUAUAUGAUCUCAUGCAAGGACUCGAUUAAUAUAGACGUCGUUAUAGAUUGGCUCAUCAAGCACUCGAAAACUGCAAAAUGAUCCGCAACUCAAACAUAUCAUCCUAGUCAGUGCUCUUGCUUCGAAAUCGACGGAGGGUAAGAUUCUAAGCUUGGAAGCACAACUUGUGAAAUAGUAAUCCCUAAUGGGGUAAUACUUCAUCUGUUUGUUCUUUUAUCAAACAUGUUGUACAGCUGCAGAACAAUUUAUCCAAGUUCUUGAGGCAUUGUUUAAUUUAUUUAUUUUUAACUCC